AUGGCGAUGCGCGACCUUGUGACUGGUGGGGCGGCCUGUGCCGUGCCUGGUUCUUCUUCUUCAUCUAAUCCUCUCGGCGCUCUCUCCAACGCCCUUGUUGGCUCUUCCUCUAAAACGCAGGAAAAGCUGCAGGAGAUUCCUACCCCAGCAACGACAACAUCUGGCAGUAAUUUUUACACGGGAGCUGAAGAGCCUUUGGCAGCACUUACAGAAUCAGAGUCUGAUUAUCUGCUACAUCCCAAUGCACAGGGAUCAGAAUUUCUUCGGGGUUUUCGUUCUACUGAUCAGAAUAGGCUGUCAGAUGUUUGGGAUGAGGUACACAAUCCUCAAGUUCCACAUUUUCAGGGAAGAGACAGUAUAUCCAACUUUCCUUUAGAGCAUAGUCGGCUUCAGCCAGGAUUGGAUGGGCCACCUCAAAGAGUGUUUUCAACUUUUUUGCACUCAUUUGUUAAUAGUAGCCAUGGUGGCAUUCCUUUUCGUCCUGCUCCACUUCCAGUGUUAGGAUUGUCAGCAGGUGAUAAACAAUGCAUACGUGAUCGUAGCAGUAUCAUGGCUCGGCACUUUUUUGCUGAUAAAAGUGAGGGCUUCAUCAAUGCACAGGUGAAUGCACUAUUAUCUUCUUUGGAUAUUGAUAAUGAUAUCCAGGCUAGGGGGCCCAUGCCUGGAAGAUUUCGGGAUCUGGAGGAGUAUUGGAAUGAGUCCCAAGGUAUGAAACCUGGGCCUCACGUUGCAGAUGGAUGGGUGACUGAAUUUGCACGACACAGGGUAGACCAUGGUGACCCUAAUACUUGGGCUCAGUCAUUUGAACAACAACAUGGUGCUAGUGGUUGGGCUUCUGAAUUUGAGCAGGUAAGGAAGUGCUAUGCGGAUUAUGGUUUUCCAUGGAUGUUAGUAUCUAUUUUAGCGGAUGUGCCUGGACAUUAG